AUGUCUUUUACGUCGGUAUAUACAGAGCGAGCAAAAAAUAGUAAACAGGUUUUAUUAGCAAUAGCAAUCAUACAAAUAUUAGGUAAGGACGGUUUAUGGUAUACAUGCCGUGCGUUACUAGACAGUGGAUACCAAAGUAAUUUCAUCACCGAGGAGACAAUGAAAAAAUUUAAUUUACCACGAAAAAGUGUAAACUUACCUAUUACUGGUGUGGCAGAAAGCAAACAUAACGCGGAAUACAAACUUAACAUAAUAAUACCAUCACGGGUAAAUUCAUUCCAACUAAUUAGACAAGCAUUAGUAUUAUCAAAAAUAACUGGUUGCUUACCAACAAAUACAUGCAAUGCACUAAAAUCAGUUGUACCCGAAAAUAUCACAUUAGCAGAUCCGCAUUUCUAUCAACGAGGAAAAAUAGAUAUACUUAUAGGAGCGGACACAUAUUGGGAGAUUAUGGGUACUAACAUUUUCAAAGUUAAUCCGUCUGGUCUACACCUACAAGAAACAAAGUGGGGCUGGAUAGUAGCGGGAGGAAAUGUACAAGGCGCGGAGAUUGCAUUAAACAGUUGUAUGUUUAUAUGUACGGAACAUGACAUUAGCUUAUCGGAGAAAAUUGAAAUGUUUUGGAAAGUAGAAGAAUGUAUAUCAAAAGAAAAUUGGUCAAAUGAAGAAAAACUUUGUGUUGAGCACUUUACAAAAAAUACAAGACGGGAUGAGACGGGAAAAUUUAUUGUUAAGUUACCAUUAAAAGAUAAUGCAGUUGCUCCAGAGGUUAAACAUUGCUCCAAAACAAAUAUAUAUUGA